GGAAGAUACAAGUGCAGAAGAUGGAGAGUAGCUUCAUUGUACACUCCUGAUCGGGUUGGACCUUGGAAUGGAAUGAUGUACAAGUAUUCGAACGGCGUUCGUCACCAUACUAUGAAAGACUUGAUAUUGGCUCGGAGAAUUGUUCAAGUGUGCCAGCUUGGAACCUCAAGCUUAUCUGGACGAUUGGCUCGAGACACUUGUGGAGUAACAAUUGGGGUCUUAGCAUGAUGAAUUGGUGAUCUCAAGCAAUGUGAAUUGUGCACUGGAUAGUGGAUACCUAGCCAAUGUACGAGUUGCGAGUUUGCGACUCCUCAAUUGUCCAUUCCAGUGCGGGUUCUCAUCACCUUUGCGCCAGCUUGGUUAUCGCGGUGCCCCUACCCGUGGAGUCGGGCCCCGGUUUCCCCAUAGAAGCCGCAGGACUAAGUCAUGCCCGAGUGUUGAUCCUUCCAUGUUUCGAACUUCGAACCCGAGUACCAGUACCCUGGGCGGCCAACUCUUCUGCGUCUCUCCUGUUUGAGGCCGUCUCAACUUUCAACGUCUGCGCUGUCCGCUCCGCGUCCUAUCCCAAUUCAAAGUGCAUAAUAAUCCGAUGGAAGGAUAGGCCCAUUGGCUCCAAGUGGGUCCAGUACAGGCUAGAAACGCCAUUCAGGUAUUCUUCAUGUUCCGCGGAGGGUAUUCCCGGUUCCGAUUUCGACCUGAACGCUGAUCAACAAGCAUUAUUAUUCAAGCAAGGUCCAGGCAACAAAGCAACAUUGCGUGAUGGAAAAAAUAAAAAAUGCAGCAUACUAAGUACUAACUGAUAUGAUUGUGCGGAAUGCUCCGUACUUGAUCCGGUUCCUAAUCCUAACAACUCGGGGAAGAAGGCCCGUUCCAUUGAGCUCGGGUUCUCUAAUUAACGUGCGCAGAUCGGCAUGCCGUUGAAAAGCUAUAAAACGGUUGAUUGUGGAUCAUAUCCUCUUUAGGUCUAGGACCCAGGGUUCACCCUUUUCCACCAUAUUCGGCUCCAA